UAAACAGCUGAGUUUUGCUUUAAAUACUAACUUCAUUUCGGACAGCCGACACAUAAUCAUCUCUUAUUAAGUUUUGUAAUACUAUAUUUUAAUAGUGUAGAAUUAUAUAUUAUGACUAGUUCUUUUCUCAGACCAGUAGUAAUUAUUUGAGGAACACAUGUGUUUUACAAACACAUAAAGUCUCUCUACCUUACCUUUUCCUUCUUGGAUCAUCAUCUCUCUCUCUGUUUAUUUUCUAUCUGGUUAAACUUCCACAAGAAAACAAAAGAAUGAAGGAAUCAUUCAAAGUGUGUUUCUGUUGUGUAAGAAGCUUCAAAGUGAAAACAAGCGAGCCACCUCAAGAAAUCAAGACACUCUUCGAGGAUUACUCCGGAGACGGCAGGAUGUCUGUAGAUGAGAUGCUCACGUUCGUCAUCCAAGUUCAAGGAGAAAAUCACGCUGAUUCAAACUACGUGAAGGAUAUAUUCAACAGGCUCAAACAUCACGGCGUUUUCCACCCUCGUGGGAUUCAUCUUGAAGGAUUCUACCGUUAUCUCCUCAGCGAUUUCAACUCUCCGUUGCCUCCUUCCGGCCAGGUUUGGCAAGAUAUGAAUCAGCCUUUGUCUCAUUACUUCUUGUACACGGGACAUAACUCUUACUUGACUGGGAAUCAACUGAACAGUAAAAGCAGCACCGAACCCAUUGUGAAAGCUCUUAAAAGUGGAGUUCGUGUCAUCGAGCUUGAUUUAUGGCCUAACUCUUCUGGAACCGAAGCUGAAGUUCGUCAUGGCGGGACGUUAACAAGUACCGAAGAUCUGCAGAAAUGUCUUAACGCAGUAAAGGAGAACGCGUUUGAGGUGUCUGAGUAUCCUGUUGUACUUACCUUAGAAGAUCAUUUGCCUCCAGAUCUUCAGAAGAAAGUCGCUAAGAUGGUGAGUAAGACUUUUGGAGGAACAUUGUUUCGAUGUACAGAGGAAUAUAAAGAGCGUUUUCCUUCACCAGAAGCACUCAAGAACAAGAUCUUGAUCUCAACAAAGCCACCAAAAGAGUAUCUUCAGACCCAAGUCUCUCAAAGUGCAACAACAGAUGAAUCUGUAAAAUCUAAAAAAGUUGCAGAUGCAGAAGAACUGAUUCAAGAUGAAGAUGAGGAUACUGUAGCGGUCGAAUACAGAGACUUGAUCUCAAUUCACGCUGGGAACCGCAAAGGAGGGUUAAAGAACUGCUUGAACGGGGAUCCUAACCGAGUCAUACGGUUAAGCAUGAGCGAGCAGUGGCUAGAAACUCUGGCUAAAAACCGUGGACCCGAUUUAGUGAAGUUCACGCAAAGGAAUAUUCUGAGGAUAUUUCCAAAGACUACACGUUUUGACUCAUCAAACUAUGAUCCACUCGUUGGAUGGAUUCAUGGUGCUCAAAUGGUUGCCUUCAAUAUGCAAAGUCAUGGGAGGUUCUUGUGGAUGAUGCAAGGAAUGUUUAAAGCCAAUGGUGGAUGUGGUUAUGUUAAAAAGCCUGAUGUUUUGCUCUCCAAUGGUCCUGGAGGUGAAACUUUUGACCCUUCUAGUAAAAGUCUCCAGAUCAAGACAGUACUUAAGGUAAAGAUCUACAAUGGAGAAGGAUGGAAUCUGGAUUUUCCUCAAGAUUAUUUUGAUAGAUACUCUCCUCCAGAUUUUUACGCAAAGAUCGGAAUCGCAGGGAUACCUUUAGACACAACGAGCUACAGAACAGAAACAGACGCAGACGAAUGGUUUCCAGUUUGGGACAAAGAGUUCGUGUUCCCAUUGCGUGUUCCAGAGUUAGCGCUUUUGUAUAUCACAGUCAAAGACUACGACAGUAACACUCAGAACGAUUUUGCCGGACAGACAUGUCUUCCGUUGUCGGAGAUCAGGCCCGGAAUUCGUGCCGUCCGGCUCCAUGAUCGUGCCGGAGAGGUCUUGAAGCACGCGAGACUGCUCGUGCGGUUUGUCUUGGAGCCUCGUUAGACGUUUUGUUGAUGUUACGUCAAUAAAUGAAGUGUCCUACUAAGUCACAGGAUAAGUAGAAAUGAAAAAAAAAAAUUGAUUAAGAUCAGUAAAUUUGUAAAA